UCCUGUCUGUCUCUCUCAGUGGCUCCCCCACCGCACCCCCCAUAACUCCUCCCCCGCAGCACCCCGCCCCCCAGAAGCCCCUCUCCCCCGCAACUCCUCCUCCCCUUCCUAGAAUCCCUCCCACACAAACUCUGUCCCCCCCCCUCAUUCCCCAACCCCGCUCCCCUCCCCCUGGCCCCCCCAGCCCCAACUCCGCCCUCCCCCACCCGCUGGUGCUGCCCACCCCGCCCUCCGGUCCCUGCCUCGGGGCUCGCUGCGUCCCAGCUCCCGGCCGGUCCCCGGCGCCAGCAUGUCCCGCUCGGACGAGGUCAACCGACUCACGGAGAGUGUCUACAGGGUGAUUCUGGACCAGUUCAACCCCGGCCUGAGGAGUUUUGUCACAAUGGGGAAGAGUUACCAACGCGCGCUCUCAGGGGUGACCGUAGCGGCCAAGGGUUAUUUCGACGCCCUGGUGAAGCUGGGGGAAUUGGCCAGCGACAGCCAAGGGUCCAAGGAACUGGGGGACACCCUGUUCCAGAUGGCUGAGGUGCAUCGGCAGAUCCAGGUGCAGCUGGAGGAAACUCUGAAGCUUUUCCACUCGGAGCUGCUGGCCCAGCUGGAGCAGAAACUGGAGCUGGAUGUCAAGUACCUGCUGGCUACCCUGAAGAAGUACCAGAGCGAACACCGGGCCAAGGUGGAGGCCAUUGAGAAGUGUCAAGCCGAGCUGAAGAAACUGCGCAAGAAAUGCCAGAGCAGCAAGAACCCCCAGAAAUAUGGGGACCGCGAGGUGCAGUAUGUGGAGGUGAUGAGCGCCAAGCAGAGCGAGCUGGACCGCUUUGUGGCGGAGGGAUACAAGGCUGCCCUGACCGAGGAGCGCCGCCGGUACUCGUUUCUGGUGGAUCGCCAAUGCGCUGUGUCCAAGCACUUCGGUGCCUACCACGCCAAGGUGAAGGAGCUGCUGGGGGCCAAGCUGCCCGGCUGGCAGCAGUCCUGCGUCCAGCCCACCCGCCUGCCCGACCGUGCUCUGGCCCUGGUGAAGCAGACGGCCAACAGCCCCGCCGCGCCCGCCGUCUCCGACCCGCUGCCCGCCCCCCAGCCCCUGGAGGUGCCCCCGGAGCUGGCCCCCCUGCUGGGGGGUGGGGGGCUGGCCCUCAACCACCGCGUCUCACUGCAGGAAGCGACUCCGCUCCCCAACGGCGACUCUCACCGCACCCGGGGCUCCCGUGACCUGGGGCCCCCGCCCGCCAGAGAGCCCCUCACCGUCCCGCUAGGCCUGCCGGCCCCACAGCCCGCACCAGCCACGCAGACCCCCCCGCCGCCCAGGGCCAGCGAUGGCUACUCCUGUACCCUGCCCAUCCCCCGCAAAGCCUCUGCGGAGACCCGCCUUGCCACGCUCACAGAGAACAGGACCCUGCCGCGGAGCGGGGUGCGGGCCGAGCAGCGCCGGGUGCAGGCCGUGUUCUCCCACGCACCCGGUGAGAGCAGCACCCUGCUCAACUUCCAGGAGGGCGACGUCAUUGCGCUGCUGGUGGCCGAGGCCCGGGACGGCUGGCACUACGGGGAGAACGAGGCCACGCACAUGAAAGGCUGGUUCCCCUUCUCGUACACCCGUCCCGUCCCCCCUGCCGAGACCCCUGAGAAACCCCAUGGCAGUUUUCCCCUGAGCAAACUCAACAGCUGCAGCACGGGGACCCUGGACAAAGCGGGGUGCGUGGCCCCCAGCCCGGAGGGGGGCCACGGGGGGGACGCCUUGCGCUACACCCCCUCCCCCCGCCCCAGCACCUUCCGCCAGCGCCCCUAUAGCAUGAUGAACCCCGACCUGUCACAGUUAGCGAACGAAUUUGGGAGCCCCCUGAACUCCUCCCCGUCCAGGUCUAACCCCUUCGCUCACGUCAGGCUGAAGCGGACUGUGACCAACGACCGCUCGGCCCCGCUGAUCCAGUGAGGCCCUGAGGGCGCCCGCCUCGCCCGCCGACGGCCCCCCGGGGGAGAGAUGCCAGGAGCCCCCCGGCUCAGGAAGGACUCGGGAGCUGGCGGGGGCCUCCCCCCUCCGCCCCCAUGCAGCCUGCAGCUCUCUCUAGUGGCUGCUUUGCAGAAGAGCAUCCCAAAAGCCGGGCCCCGUAUUGCGCAGCAGCCGGGGAGGGGAGGGGGUCGGGGUUCGAAUCCUGCCGGCGAUGCCUGGAGGGGGAGGCAGGAACGGAGCUGGGCCCUGGGGAGCCAGAGUGUGUGGGGGUGGGGGAAGGGAGAGAGAAGGUCGGGGGAGAGGCUGCCCUCCAAGACAGAAAUGCCUCCUGAGGGCUCUGCCUGCCCUAAAGCGACCACUUCUAUGGGCUACGUGUGUAUCUGUCCAUCCCCCCGUGCACCCCUCUAUCAUCCCCCUACACACAUCCAUCCCCUCUGUCUACCCCCCAUGCCCCCAUCCAUCUGUCUGUCCUCCUGUGCACACAUCCGCCCCCCUGCCCUCCCAUCUAUCCAUCGGUCCCAGCUCCCCCAGGGGGGCUGCUAUGCCCUAGCUUUUCGCCAGUCCUUUGGAGCAACCCGUCAGUGCCAGGCCCCAUGCCCUUCCCCGGUUCAGAGACUGAGCCCCUGGGCUCCAGCCCCCCUGCUUGCCCCCGGGAGCUCUGCCCAGCCGGCCCGCCCAAGCCAGCCACUGGGGGGAGCCCCUCACCCUCUGCAGUGCCCCCUGGCAGCGCUGCCCGGAUGUGGGGAGCCCCGAGGUUCGCCACCCACCGCCGCCUCGGCCCAUUGUCCCUGCAGGGCUCCAGGCUGGAGUAUCCCUUCCUUGGGGGUUAAUUGCCCAACAUGUAACCGGGGCAGGUGGCUAAUGGGAGGCUGGUUUUUAAGCGCAGCAUCAAUGCCAGGCCCACGGGGUGAAACUCGAGGGCAGAGCAGAAGGCGCCGAGAGGUGGGAGAAGGUGGGUCGGUGGGGAAGGGAAAUCCCUCUCUCGCCCAGCGGCUGGAAUCCGAGGGGGGCACCUGACAUGUGGCCAAGGGGGCGGGUGGGUCUAGCGUCCUUGGACAAGGCUCUGAAGCAAAGCAGGCCGGGCCCAGAGGGAAGGGGGCUGGUGGUGCAGUGGCUGGUGAAAAGACAGGAGACAAAGGGGAAAGGGGCGGUUUUCAGACCGGAGCGCGGUCGAGCCGGGGGGUCCCCCAGGGGUCUGCGCUGUGCAGCGUACUCAGAAAGGCAAAAGGGGCGAACGCUGAGCGAACACGUGCAGACGAGACAAAAUGACUCCGGAUCAUUAAGUCCAAAGCGCCGGGUGAAGAGCCCCCAAAAGAUCUUACAGACGGGGGGACGGGGCGUUGAUAAACGCGACGUGGGAAACCGUCGUCCCAGCCGUACCCACGCGAGGAAGGGCUCUAGAGUAGCAGGUACCGCCCGAGACAGAGAUGGCGGAGUCAGGAUCGGUCGCGGCAAACGCCACGUAAGGGGAAGCUGGGGACCACGAGGAAAGGGGGGAGAAUCGGACCGACAAUACCCUAAUGCCGCUCUAUAAACCGAGGGCGCGCCCAGCCUUGAUUUUGGCAGGCAGUUUGGUUCGCCCCAGCUCCAAAGAGAUCUGUUAGCGUUGGGAAAGGUGUGGAGAAGGUCAGAGAAAUGAUGUGGGGCUGGCACAGCUUCUGGCUGAG